UUUUAUGUAUUUGCUCAUAGGCCUGAUAGGGUACGGUCCAUAUGCGAUAGAUGUAUUUUUUCCAGAGAGAAAUACACAUUUACCAUAUAUUUGAGCUGAUUUUACAGACUUUUCUUCAUGGGCAUUAAUGCACAUGGUUCAUUUGUACAUUCAUCUAGUAUUUAGAGAUAAUGAUUACAUGUAACUGACCAUGACGAGAUUUCAUCCUUACCAUGGGCAGAACAUUCGCCUUCUCCAUGACAACAUGGUGGCAUACAGGGAAACAAGCUUUGCCCAUGCACUGACAUUCAGCGAGAAGCCGCUCCGACCAGGUGAAAUAUUUCUCGUCGAGAUAGAGAAAAACGAACGGGGAUGGAGUGGGCACAUGAGGAUAGGUCUGACUCAGUUUAAUCCUGCCGAUCAGUUUGAGUUACCGCAGUAUGCACUCCCAGACCUGCAUAACAUGGGAAAAUCAUGGAUAUUUGCUGUGACUAAAUCGCACAAUAAAGUGAUGUUGAAUGAGGAAGACGACAGUGAUAAUGGAGAUGAACCUUACCAAUCCGUCGUGGGUGACACGGACAUUGUACAGACUCCUCAGGGGUCAUUCAGUAGGAGCUUGUUAUUACCAUUAGGAAAACUUUUCCCUUCGAAUAAAAGUGGAAAUAAUUCAUAUCAUGUGCCCAAAAAGAGUGUGUUACCAACUGACGUAGGUAGCAGAAUUGGGAUUAUGUACAAAGUGAACGGGGACACUGCGGAAAUGAGGUUUAUCAUUAAUGGGGAGGACCAGGGGCCGUGUGCCCGCUACAUUCCUUACCAAGGGGGGAACCUACACGCUGUGGUAGAUGUCUAUGGUACAACCAAACAAGUACGAAUUAUCCAGUUGUAUGGAGUGUCCACUCUUCAGAAUGCUUGCAGGGAUAGGAUACUACAACUAACUAGUGAAGAAGACCUAAAUAAGUUGCCAUUGCCGAAAAAACUCAAGCAGUUUUUGAGAUAUGAGUUAUAAAUUGCUUUUCAUGACUUAUUUUAAUUGUUUAAUUUUGAUUUGAUUCAAUGUAAUGUUUCACUGUUAUUAUCAUGUUAAAAUUGUUCAUAAUGUGCUGUGAUGUUUUUUUAAUUUCAAGAAAAUUACUGUUGACUAUUUUCAUAGGGCACCAGAUUUCUGUCUAUAUGUAUGGUUUGUUAUUAGAUGAAUUUUUUCAUGAUAAUUGCUCAUGAAAAAAAUUACACUUUUGAUUUCUUAAUGAAUUAUGAGCCGUUCCACUUGAAAAAAAAAAUGGCAAUAGUUGGAGAGGGAAAAUGAUAAAGUGGUACAUAUAUUUUUACUCCUGAAAUGCAAUUCUAUAAAGAGACUUUUCAGAUAUUGUCUCCAUUUAUUAAAUCCUGGUUAGAAGGCACUACUUAAACUGAAUUUUUAAGAUUCUUAUUUCUGUUUGAUAAUUUAAAAAAAAAAAAUUGCAUUUACCUUGCUCAUGUCUUGCUAAUGAGAAAAAACGGAGGGGGCUAAGAAAAAGAUAUAUUUAUAGUUACUCAAUAUUUGGAUCAAGGUUUUAUGUCAAGGUCACCAGAAAGGUCAGUGGAGAAAAAUAAUUUACAACUAUAAACAUUUACGAGAACAGAGUCACCUGUAUUGUUGUGCAUGUAAAUUAUAGUGAUAGAAGUAAAAAAGGAAGAAUUCUAUAGAGCAUAAUGGAAUAAAUAACUGGAUAGAAAAUGCAUAAUUUUAAUUUCUGGGUUUUUUUUUUUAUCAUGAUAAAAUGUUAUGUUAUUAUUGUUUGGAUUAGACAAUGUGUAAAAGUUUCAUUUUUUGAAAUGAGUGAUUUCUUAAUCAUACUAAUCUUAACUAUUUCUCUUACUUGUAGAAAAAUGUAGUAGUUAAUGUCAAAGGAUUUUUGAAUUAAUGAUAUUCCCCCAAAUUUAUAAAUAUUGGUGUCAAAGAAUGCACUUCUCAUUUCAUUUAAAAAUGCUUAUGGAGAUUGAUUUUUUUCUUUUUUUAUAUGUUUACUUUGUAUUAUUUUACCUAGGGAAUGAUUUUCAGGUCAAAGCGGUUCACAAUUCUUUUGAUAAUUCUUCAUUUCACUGCAGUUAUUGUGUUGCUUUGAAUUUCACACAAAGCAAAGAAUGUAUACUGUCAGUAGCAAGCUAUUAAACAUGUAAUGCUUAUGCAUAAGAGUAUCAUGUUAAAUGGUCACAGUGUUUUUACUGAAUUUUAUUUUGAAGAAAAAAAAGAAAUCCUUUUCAUGAAUAUUGAGUCAUUUUGAAAAAUACACUACCAAAAAUAUUCAGUAAUUGAAUCAUUGUAUAACAAUGAACAUAUUUAAAUGUAACUGACAGCACUUUAAUUAAGUUUUUGUUGAUGUGCUGGAAGGAAUGGUUGUGCCAUGUCAAAAUCAUGUCCACGUGUAAGUCUGAGAUAUUUUCAUUAUGCUGCAUAGACAUAUUACCAUGUAUUAAGGUGAACCAGCCACUCUAUAAUGAGAGAUAACUUUUAAAUAGAUGUCACUAGGUUUCCUUUAUGCAUUUUUUGUCCAUUUAUGAUUUUUAUCUAAAUUUUGCACCACAUGGUCAAACUGAAUUUGCAUGAUAUCAAAUUCAUUUUCAUGUUUUGAACAGAUAAAUCACAACCUUCUACAAUUUAGUUAUAUACAUGUAUUUGUACAAAAUCUUGGAUAAUUUUGCCUAUAUUUAACUCUGCUUUUUGAAGACAUUGAGUCAUAAUUAAUUAAUUAUUGACGUGACAAGUGCUACAUUGUAAUGAUCAGCAUAACAUAUCAUUGUCCUUUCUUGAAAUGCACAUGUGAUUAGAACAAAAAUCUUUCAAAAAUAUAGAUGCAUUUCAUAAUUAAUUGAAUGAAAAAAAAAUCAUUUCGAAAGGAAAUGCACAUUAAUGUUGAAAA